CCACCUCCUUACUUUAAACCGUUAAAAUCUAAAUUUUAGACGCAGCCAUAGGUCUACGAUGACGUCUAUCUUACGGCAUCUUUCGUCUGCGACUUCAUCUAGACCAGUGAUCAACAAAUUUGAUUCCUUUCUUCUACUUCAUUACCAUACGAACUCGCUUAAGUCCAAUCACACCUUGAAGCAUUAUCUUGAAUCAGGAGAGCCAAUCAAAGCUCUCUUAAACUUCAAACAACGAUACAGAGAAAGCCCUCGUUUCAUAGACAGUUUCUCUGUCUUGUUCGCCAUUAAAGCUUCAUCGUCAGCUCAUAAAGGUCACUCCUUUAUGGGCCAACAGAUCCACGCUCUUGUAAGGAAACUUGGGUUUCAUAGCAUAAUCCAAAUUCAGACAUCCCUUGUCGGGUUUUACUCAACCGCAGGUGAUAUCUCUAGUGCACGCCAGAUGUUCGACGAAACGCCUGAGAAACGAAACGUAGUCUUGUGGACGGCUAUGAUUACAGCUUACGCUGAGAAUGACAAAAGUGUGCAAGCUCUUGAGAUGUUUCGACUAAUGGAAGAGGAAAGAAUUGAGCUUGAUGAAGUGAUUGUGACUGUGGCUUUAUCGGCUUGUGCUGAUCUCGGUGCGGUGCAGAUGGGAGAAAGGAUUUAUUCGCAGAGCAUCAAGAGGAAACGAAGAUUGGGUAUGGAUUUAACUCUGAGAAACUCACUUCUCAACAUGUAUGUAAAAGCUGGGGAUGUUGAGAAAGCGAGGAGAGUCUUUGAUGAAACAGUGAGAAAAGAUGUGACUACUUACACGUCUAUGAUCGUGGGGUAUGCUUUAAACGGUCAAGCUCAAGAAUCAUUGGAACUCUUCAAGAAAAUGAAGAGACAAGAUUCAUCUGUGUCUCCGAACGAUGUGACUUUCAUUGGCGUCUUGAUGGCUUGUAGUCACGGUGGUUUAGUGGAAGAAGGGAAACGACAUUUCAGGAGCAUGGUUGAGGAUUACAAUCUGAAACCUAGAGAAGCUCACUUCGGAUGUAUGGUGGAUUUGCUUUGUCGUUCAGGGCGUUUGAAGGAUGCUCAUGAGUUCAUAAGUCAGAUGCCUGUAAAGCCAAACGCGGUGAUUUGGAGAACCUUGCUUGGUGCUUGCAGUCUUCAGGGGAAUGUUGAGCUCGGGGAAGAAGCUCAGAGACGGAUCUUUGAGUUGGAUAGUGAUCAUGUUGGGGAUUAUGUUGCGCUGUCGAAUAUCUACGCGGCGAAAGGAAUGUGGGAUGAGAAAGUGAGAAUGAGGGAUCGUGUGAGGAAGAGAAGGGAGCCUGGGAAAAGCUGGAUUGAGAUGGGAAACAUUAUCGCUGAGUUUGUUUCAGGGGGUGGUGAUGAUGAUGGGAAGCUAAUGGUGGGAGAGAUUAGUGAGGUUUUGAGGUGUUUAGUUGCUUGUAUGACAAGUUAUGAUUCUGAUGUGGGGAAUUUUGACUCCAGUUGUUGAGGUUGAGCUGAGCUUACACAAGAGAUUUGGCUGGUGCUGUGGCAGGCAGAGCUGCAUAGUAUGGAGUCCUCCGUGGGCCUGCACUUGGCAGCUGUAGCUGGAGCUUUUCUCAGUGUUGGAGGCUUCUCGUGCCUACUGGUGGUAUUUAGAGCUAUCAGGAUCAAGGGGUCCAUCAUCUAUGGCUGAUUUUGUAGAGCAACUCUUUCGUGAGAGACUAGUAGAUGAACAACUUAUGUCGAGAAUGUUAAAUACACACCACUCGCAGUUAAGAAUUUCUGAUGUAAGCUAUGAAGAGCGGGAUGAUGUUUAUGAUGAAUUGAAACGCAGAGGCUUAUCAGGUGACUCGUUAAGGAAACUACCAUGCUAUAAUGUCAAGUGAGAUGACCAAGAGGCAGAUCAAACUUUCUGUUCCAUUCGUUGAUACCAACUGAUCAAACUUCUUAAAAUGGCCCUUUGUUCAUCUCACACCAUUUGAAUAUUACAGGACAUGAAGACAGGUGAAAUCACACAAAGCUUACCGAGAUGCGAUCACACGUUUCACCUGGUUUGUGUUGAUAAAUGGCUCUUCAGACAGGCCGUUAGAGAAUGCAUCAUUGUGGAGAUUUAUUAAUUUCAAUCUCUAUUUAUUAAUAUUGCAACUUAAGCAUCUCCAUAGGUUUCUACUUUUGAAUGUAUACUAUUGUAGACAUGAAUAAUAACUAACACCUACAGAUAUGUUGAAAAAUAUAGAGAACUUGAUCAA